AGAAGAUUGACAAAACUAUCAGCAACCUUCUUGUUUUGUUUGACUGAAUUAGGUGUUUACUUGGCAUUGAAGGCAGCGGAGUCUAUGUCAUUAGAUAAUAAAGACAUCUUAUCAUGGGGAAAUUCGGAUGAGAAUGCUGAAACCAUUGUGAGAGAUUUUUGUUUAGAUGUAGCUAAGAUCUUCUCAACUCAUUUACCUUCGGACAUAGGCGCACAAUUGUGCAACAUUGAUAAUGAUCUAGGAACCAGUAAGGAUGCUGGAUAUCUUACUUCAAAAGUUGUUUCUCUAAUAGAGACUCUUCUUGAUUACAG